AUGAUGCUGGAGCAGUUGUAUAGCAAUGAAGAUAAUAUAUCAUGUGGUGUUGCUGCAAUGUAUCGGCGUUUAUGCUUCAGGAGUAAUGAGUUCAAAGGUGAUCCAACACGAGACAGCAUUCGAGUAAACUGGAGCUCCUUAACGCCGUUAUGGCCAGAACACCACCCCCCCCUUAUGGCGUUAUGCCAUUAUGUUAAGAGGCGUUGCAAACGGUCAAAUUCAAACGACGCAGAAUCUCACAUCGACCUCAACACCGAUUCUGAUGAGAUUUCGGAUGACAUCGAAGAGAUCUCCCCUCCACGAGGAGCAGCAGGACGCAAGAAAGCGAAGCAUGUGGAAAAAGUUGACAGAAAAGCAAAACAUUAG